AUGUUCAUCAGGCACCUCCUGGAGCAGUGGUUGGCAUCCCGGGGGAAGCGCUACAAGCGGCCACCAAUGACCUUGCCUGCCCAGAGGCUGCCAAAGGAAAAGGAGAACCAGAAGCUCUCCUGGAACUGCCCAGAAGAGAAGCAGGGAGAGGAGAGGGAGCAGCUCAGCUUAGCGGCUAAGACCACAAGCAUCCUGACGGAGUGCCAGAAGCUGGCUGAAGAGGGAUUUUCUUCAGAAGCGCUCCUUGCUAAGCUUUCCUGUAUCCCAGAGGUGGAGAAAUUUGCCCAGUUUUGGAUCUGCAAGGCGCAGCUGCUGGCACAGCGAGGCGCGUUCGACGCGGUGGGGCUGUAUGAAGCGGCUGUUGGCGCUGGGGCAGCGCCGCUGCAGGACUUGAGGACCAUCAUUGCUGGCAUUUUGAAGGACACAAGCAAGGCAAUUUUGGCCACUCCAGGCUCCAAGAAGAGUCCCAGGCAAGCCACGCAAGGUCGAGCCCACAAGCCCUGCUCCACGGUCAAGCUGCAGGUGGUUCCACUGCUUCGAGCAAAGGACCCCAGCGUGAGGCCUGACACAAAACUGGUCACCCCUGUGCGACGGUCUCUACGAAUUGAGGGGGCUCUGGCUUGCUACCCUCCAAUGCUGCAGGACCACGAUCCUGUGGUGUCUUCCCUCAGCGACGUUCUGGAUAGCGGGGGGCAGUUUGUGUUCCGCAGCAACACAGCUUUGCCUGAAGAGGUGGAUCUUGCUGGGCUGGUGGCUGAACUCCAGUCCCUCAGAGAAGAGGCCACCCAGCACCCCAAAUACGCUGCCGUUCCUCACAGGGCCGCAGCGCAGAGCAGUGAGCCCUCUCCCCUGCAGACGCUUUCACCCUAAGCAAGAAAGGGAUCUCAGAGGGGCACCGAGCAGCUCAACGGACACGCCGGCCCCAUGGGCAGCUGCUGUGAAGAAGGCAGGCUCUGUUCUUGGUGUAAUUCAGAAUGGAAUGGGAAACAGAACUGUCAGGAUCAUAUGCUGUUUACAUAAAUCUUUGGUGCAAC